AUGCAGCCAGGCGCGCCCAGCGCCACCCUUACCCUAUGUCUUUGGCUGGCCGCCGGGGGCUGCCUGGCAGCCGGGCCCGGAGCAGCGGCGGCGCGGCGCCUAGACGAGUCGCUGGCGGCCGGCAGCGUCCAGCGCGCCCGCUGCGCCUCCAGGUGCCUCAGCCUGCAGAUCACGCGCAUCUCCGCCUUCUUCCAGCACUUUCAGAACAAUGGUUCCCUGGUUUGGUGCCAAAAUCACAAGCAGUGUUCGAAGUGUCUGGAGCCCUGCAAGGAGUCCUGGGACCUGAGGAGGCACCAGUGCCAGAGCUUCUGCGAGCCUCUCUUCCCCAAGAAGAACUACGAGUGCUUGACCAGCUGCGAGUUCCUCAAGUACAUCCUGUCCGUGAAGCAGGGGGACUGCCCGGCGCCUGAGAGGGCCAGUGGCUUCGCUGCUGCCUGCGUAGAGAGCUGCGAGGUGGAUAACGAAUGCUCUGGGGUGAAGAAAUGCUGCUCCAAUGGGUGCGGGCACACCUGCCAGGUGCCCAAAACGUUGUAUAAAGGUGUUCCCCUGAAGCCCAGGAAGGAGUUACGAUUCACAGAACUGCCUUCUGGACAGCUGGAGAUUAAGUGGUCCUCGAAAUUCAACAUUUCCAUCGAGCCUGUGAUCUAUGUGGUGCAGAGGCGCUGGAACUUGGGGAUCCACCCGAGCGAGGACGAUGCCACACACUGGCAGACUUUGGUCCAGACCACAGAUGAGCGGGUCCAACUGGCCGACAUCAGACCCAGUAGGUGGUACCAGUUCCGAGUGGCUGCUGUCAAUGUCCAUGGGACUCGCGGCUUCACUGCCCCCAGCAAACACUUCCGCUCCUCCAGAGAUCCCUCAGCCCCACCAGCUCCGGCCCAUCUCCGGCUUGCAAACUCCACCAUCAACAGUGACGGAAGCGUGACCGUGACGGUGGUCUGGGACCUCCCAGAGGAACCGGACAUCCCAGUGCAUCACUACAAGGUGUUCUGGAGCUGGACGGUCGGCAGCAAGUCCCUUGUUCCUACCAAGAAGAAGCGGAGAAAGACUGCAGACGGGGCCCUCAAUGCUGCGACCCUGGAACACCUGCAGCCCGGCAGCAGCUAUCUGGUGGAACUGCAGGCCGUGUCGUACUGGGGGCAGACUCGCCUCAAAAGCCCCAAGGCAUCCCUUCACUUCACCUCCAUACAAACCAACAAAGAGCCACUGGGGAAGACUAGAAAAGGGGUGAGUCAAGUCCAACCCCCUCUUCAGAGACGACGUCCUACUCGGCUCUUGGAAAUCGGGGCUCCUUUCUACCAGGACAACCAACUGCAGGUCAAGGUCUACUGGAAGAAGACUGAAGAUUCUGCCAUCAACCGAUACCACGUGCAGUGGUUUCCAGAACUAUGUUCCCACAAUGAAACAGCCAACUCUGAGAAGUCAUCUGGCACCACACACGAGAACUACAUCCUCCUCCAGGAUCUGGCCUUUUCCUGCAAAUACAAGGUGCUACUCCAGCCUGUCCGGCCUGUGGGCCCCGCCAGCGUGGAGGCGGCUUUCUUCACCACCCCACCCUGCUCUGCGUUCAAGGGGAAAAGCCACAGGCACCCCAGCUGCCCUGGGGAGGCAGGCCGAGUCAAUGCCAAAGUGCUCGCCAAGCCGGAGAACCUCUCUGCGUCCUUCGUGGUCCAGGACGUCAACAUCACAGGCCACUUCUCGUGGAAGAUAGCACGUGCCAGCCCGCACCAGCCCCUGACUGGGUUCCAGGUGACGUGGGCGGAGGUCACGACCGAGAGCCGGCCCAACAGCCUGCCCAACAGCAUCAUCUCCCAGUCCCAGAUCCUGCCUUCGGAUCACUACGUUCUGGCGGUUCCCAACCUGCGGCCGGCCACGCUGUACCGGCUGGAGGUGCAGGUGCUGACAGCAGCCGGCGAGGGGCCAGCCAGCAUCCGCACCUUCCGGACCCCCGAGCUCCCAUCCUCUGUUCACAGAACGCAUCUCAAACACCACCACCCACAUCAUUACCAGACACCUCCGGAGAGAUACUGA